CGACAGCGCAGCGUGUGGUGGUCCGCUCCAGUCCUGCUGUCCGAAAUGUCGCAGAAGACGUACGCGCUGCUCCUGGCCGCCAUGAUCUGCUCGGCCGCUGUCGCAAAAGAGGAAAAGAGCCGGUGGUCUUGGACUGAUAUUGGGAUUGCAGCCGCUGGUGGAGUGGUCGCCGUGGCAGCCGCCCCUGUGGCGCUGGGGGCGGCCGGGUUCACCUCGGCGGGCAUCGCCGCCGGAUCCCUGGCGGCCCAGAUGAUGUCAUCCGCGGCCAUAGCCAAUGGCGGAGGAGUAGCGUUGGGGGGCGUGGUGGCUGCCCUACAAUCCGCAGGCACCGGGAUAGCAGUGUACAAAACAGCAGCUGCUGGAGCUGCUGCGACGUAUGCUGCAAAGAAAUAUCUUGAGGGCGAUGAAUGACUGAGCGCCGAGAAGACCUUCUUACACUACUAGUUCUGCACAAAGACAAACUGAAAUGAAGAACAUUUGCCCCAACAUAACUCUUUUUCUACUUUUCCUUUUCACCUCAUGAUUUAUUUUGUGUCUGAAUAUCUGGCACCGACAGAUAUAACUGAAGACCAAGGAGCUACAAAAGUCUAAAAUCAGCUCCACUAUUGGUCCUCAGACAGUGAAAAUCUGUUGGUGUCCCUAGAAAUGUCAGCUCAGAUGGUCACCUCAUCCAGAUCAGAAGCUUUUCUUUAAUAGUCGAAGAGGGUCUCAUUUCUGACAUGUUAAAACAUCUUUUCCAUUCCUGUUGCUACUGCUUGUUGAAUAAAUAUGGGAUUGUGGUGAGCA